AUGCUGCAAAACUGGGAUACCAUGGAAAUCCUAAGCAACUUGACAUCUAAAUUUCCAACAUUCUUGUUAACCGGCAGUCCUGACCUAGAGUCCCAUGCCUGGAUCUCCAUUCCUUUUUCUUGUUUUUACACCAUUGCCUUCUCUGGACACAGCAUAAUCCUGUUUGUCAUCAUUACCCAGCAGAGUCUCCAUGAGCCCAUGUAUUAUUUCCUCUCCAUGCUAUCAGCCACUGAUCUGGGCUUGACUGUUUCUACAUUGUCAACAACAUUAGGUAUCCUCUGGUUUGAUGCACGUGAAAUCAGUCUAUACAGCUGCAUUGUCCAGAUGUUUCUUCUUCAUGGAUUCACUAUCAUGCAAUCUGGGGUGCUGGUGGCUAUGGCCUUUGACCGUUAUGUGGCCAUCUGUGAUCCUCCGAGGUACACUACCAUUCUCACUAAUUCCAGAAUCAUUCAGAUGGAUUUCCUGAUGAUUAUACGUGCUAUAGUACUAAUACUACCACUACUUUUGCUCCUUAAGCCUCUCUAUUUCUAUAGAAUGAAUGCCCUUUCCCAUGCCUACUGUUACCAUCCAGAUGUGAUUCAAUUAACCUGUUCAGACAUUCAGACAUUAAUCUGUGGAUUAAUAGAUCUCAUACUGACAACUGGAAUAGAUACGCCAUGCAUUGCCCUGUCAUAUAUCUUAAUUAUUCACUCUGUCUUCAGAAUUGCCUCUCCUGAAGAACGGCACAAGGUCUUCAGCACCUGUGUCUCCCACGUGGAAGCAGUUGCUAUCUUCUACCUCCCCAUGCUGAGCCUGUCCUUGGUGUAUCGCUAUGGUCCAUCAGCCCCCAGAGUGGUCCAUUCAGUGACGGCCAAUGUAUACCUGCUUUUACCCCCUGUGUUUAGCCCCAUCAUCUACAGUGUAAAACCAAAACAGAUCCACAUGGCUCUGCUCAGUCUGCUGCUUACAAAACGAAGACAUAAUUUUAUUUGA